CACAGCGCGUGUAGUCAGUCGGUGAUUUUGCGCGACUCAAACCCGGUUCAGAUUGUCUGGACACACACGCGUUUAUUUGAGCUGUUCGCGGACUGAUUCUUCUGGAAAGUUCGUCGGUGUUUGUGGAUAAAAUGUUUGUGUCUGUGGCUUUGCUGAUUGUAAUUCAGAGCGCAGCCGUCGUCCCCGUCACUGUCACCAGCCGCAGUCCUGGAGUGGAAGUGCAUGAGUUCUUGGACGCUGAGCUCUCCUGUGAGUUCAGGACAGAAAACGACAAGAAUCCUCGCAUCGAGUGGAAGAAGAUCGACAAGGAUGUGUCCUUCGUUUAUUAUGACGGCCAUUUCAUAGGGCCGUUUCACGGCCGCGCGGAGAUCAAGGGUGCGACGGUGCGAUUGCACAGAGUGACUCAGACCGACGCGGGCAAAUACCGCUGCGAGGUCAGCGCUCCGCAGGACACCAUCACGCUGGGAGAGACCAACGUCACGCUGACAGUGCUAGUGCCUCCGCACACGCCGUCGUGUGACGUGCCCAGCUCGGCUCUGACGGGCUCUCUGGUGCAGCUGCGCUGUAGGGACCGUCACAGCAUCCCAGCCGCCGUCUACACCUGGUUCAAAGACAACCGCGCUCUGCCCAUCCAACUACCCAACGCCACAUACACCAUCGACGAGAAGACCGGCGUACUGACGUUCCAGAAGGUCAGCAGAGCCGAUGCGGGUCAAUAUUACUGUGAGGCCAGAAACGGGGUGGGACCCGGAAAGAGCUGCUCGGGGACACGCAUGCAGAUUGAUGAUCUGAACGAGGCGGCGCUGAUCUCUGGAGUGCUGCUUCUGGCUCUGCUGCUGUUUCUCGGUGCGCUCGGAGGGGUUUGCGCUCAUCGGCACGGACUCUUCAGCCGACACAGAGGAAGGUCGUUCUGGAUCCCGCAGUGUCACGGCGCCGCUCACAUUAGCAGCCAGAACCUCCACAGAACCGAACACAUUCAAAAUUCAGGCUACAGUCAUCCUCCCAAAGAACCUCAGGAUUUCAAGCACACUCAGUCGUUCAUGCUGUGAUGGGAAGAGCACAGACGGAUGGAUGGAUGGGGAUUGUUGUGACACUGGAAGAAACAGCUGGAAAAACUCAAUAACAUUCAGUCUCUGCUGCAAUAAUGCUCCUCUGACGGUCUCCCGGAGCCUUAAACCAGUCGAGGACCUUUGACACGCCGUGCCUUUAUCCCAACUCAAUCGUGUGUGUAUCUACCGAGCGUGGAAUGGGCUGAAUUAUUGUACUUUUUAUCAGUAUUUGUGUUUUUGUUUUGGAAUAAAAAUAUCUGCUUUUUGUCUGAUUGUAUCUGAAUUGGAACAUUUAUUUAUUUAAGGUGAGCAGAAAUGAGAUUUCAUGCUGAAUGACAAAAUUAUGAGACCGAAA